AUGCCCAAGGGAAUUCAGAUUGCAAUUGAUCGUGGUGGAACCUUCACGGACUGCCUGGGAAGGAUCCCCUCCGAAGUGCCUGGUGAGCCACCGCACGACAUUGUGAUUAAGCUCCUUUCGCGUGAUCCCAACAAUUAUCGGGAUGCACCGACAGAGGGCAUUCGACGUAUCCUGGAAAAAGCCACAGGUCGUACCAUUCCUCGCUCUGAAAAGAUUUCUACGGAAGAAAUCGAAUACAUUCGUUUGUCGACCACAGUGGCAACCAAUGCCCUACUUGAGCGAGAUGGUGAGCGACAUGCCUUGAUCACGACCAAGGGCUUUGGUGAUGUUGUGCAAAUUGGUAAUCAAGCACGCCCACACAUCUUCGACCUGGCUAUCCACAAGCCUGAAGUGUUGUACAACGAAGUGGUCGAGGUGGACGAGCGUGUCACCGUCGUAGGGUACACCUCGGAUCCGCAAGCGCAAGAGCAUGCAAUCCAGUUCUCGUCGACACAACGCGAUGCGCACGUUACUAAGCCCUAUUCCGGCCGUGAUCAGCCACCUAGCGCGGGUGCCUAUGGCGCUGAAUACCAGGCGCCUGAGAUUGUUCGUGGCGUGUCGGGUGAAGCUGUGGCGAUUCUCUCACGUCCAGACGAGAAGAAAGUUCGUGCUGAGCUGCAGCGUCUCUACGACGAUGGAUACCGCAGCCUGGCCAUUGUUUUCAUGUUUAGCUACACCUACCCUGAGCAUGAGCAGAUGGUCAAGGCGUGGGCCAAGGAGAUUGGCUUCCCCAGUAUCAGCUGCAGUGCCGAGCUUAUGCCGAUGAUCAAGAUGGUGCCACGUGCCACAUCAGCGACGGCUGAUGCGUACUUGACACCGGUUCUGCAAGCGUAUAUUGACAGCUUCUUCAGCGGGUUCGACUCGUCGCUUCGUGAUGGCUCGGCAGGUACGCGUGUGGAAUUUAUGAUGUCGGAUGGUGGCUUGACAUCUGUGGACCACUUUACGGGCCUCAAGUCGAUCAUCAGUGGUCCUGCGGGCGGUGUUGUAGGCAUGGCCUUGACCACCUACGAUGCAAACGACAGGCGCCCCGUGAUUGGCUUUGAUAUGGGUGGUACAUCCACCGAUGUGUCGCGCUACGCUGGUCGCUACGAACAAAUUAUGGAAACGACGAUUGACGGCGUGACCAUUCAGAGUCCUCAGUUGGAUGUCAAUACGGUGGCGUCCGGUGGCUCUUCGCGUUUGUUCUUCCGCAACGGCUUGUUUGUGGUCGGCCCUGAAAGUGCGUCGGCCCACCCAGGCCCAACGUGUUAUCGCAAAGGCGGUCCACUGGCCAUUACAGACGCGAACCUCGUGACAGGUCGUCUGGCGAUUGAAAUGUUCCCGAAGAUCUUUGGCCCGAACGAGGACCAGGGUUUGGACGUCGAAGGCUCGCGUGCUGCGUUUGAGGCUCUUACGAAGCAAAUCAACCAGGAAACGGGUCGUAGUCUGAGCGUGGACGAAGUGGCCCAGGGCUUUAUUCGUGUGGCCAACGAAGCCAUGUGUCGUCCGAUUCGCUCUCUCACUCAGGCUCGUGGCUAUUCCACCUCGAAGCACAUUCUGGCGUGCUUUGGCGGUGCAGGUGGCCAGCACGCCUGCUCAAUUGCUCGGGCCUUGGGUAUCAGCACAGUAGCAGUGCACAAGUACUCCUCUAUUCUGUCGGCCUACGGCAUGGCGUUGGCGGACCGUGUGUAUGAGCUACAAGAACCAUCGAACGAGACUUGGGCGAUGAGCUCUACGCUGGACGAGACGACAUCGCAUGGACGUAUUCAGGCGCGUGUGGACGAACUGACGAAGCGCGUUACCGACGAGCUGCUGCACCAAGGCUUUGCACGUGAGCGUGUGCAUACAGAUAUCUAUCUACACAUGCGGUACGAAGGCACGGAUACCGCGCUCAUGACACUCAAGCCGGCCGACAGCUGGGAUAUGGAAAAGGUGUUUGUGGAGACGUAUCGCCAAGAAUUUGGGUUCGUGCUGGCAGGCCGACCGAUUUUGGUGGAUGACAUCCGAAUUCGUGGUAUUGGCCGCACCUUUGACUCUUUGGGUCCCUCGGUGCUGGCAGAGUACACGAUGCAAAGCCAAAAAGGAGCGGAUGCGUUCCCUGAGGCCAAGGCGCUGGCCGAGGCGCCGCGGCGUCCAGUGUACUUUGAUGGUAUGGGCCGUGUGCCUACCGCGAUUGUCCGUCUGCGUGACCUGGAUGUGUUUGAGCAUGUGCCAGGUCCUGCGAUUCUCAUCGACGAGACACAAACGAUCCUUGUCGAGCCACGUUGCAAGGCGCAUAUGCUGAGUCAGGCCGUGAUCAUCCACAUUGAAUACUGA